UCUGGUUCGGCUUUGACCUACAGCCGCCCGGGGAAAGAUGGCCGGCCCAGCGGUGACCGGGCUCACUCGCCAGGUGCGGUACUUCAGUACAUCUGUGGCCAGGCCAUUUGCCAAGCUUGUGAGGGUAUGUUAAUUUCUGUUCUGUUGCAGUUGGAAAGCAGAUGAAACCGCCGGUUCAGAUCCAUGGUGUUGAAGGUCGCUAUGCCACUGCUCUCUAUUCUGCUGCAUCGAAACAGAAGAAACUGGAUCAAGUAGAAAAGGAGUUGUUGAGAGUGGCACAACUUCUGAAGGACCCCAAAGUGGCUCUUGCUCUUCUGAAUCCCCAUGUGAAGCGUUCCAUUAAAGUUAAAAGCCUAAAUGACAUCACAGCAAAAGAGAGGUUUUCUCCCCUCACGUCCAACCUGAUCAAUUUGCUUGCUGAGAACGGCCGCUUGAACAGUACCCCGGCAGUCAUUUCUGCAUUCUCGACCAUCAUGAGUGUCCACCGUGGAGAAAUUCCUUGCACAGUUACCACCGCAUCUCCCUUAGACAACACCUCUCUUUCUGAAUUAAAAACCGUCCUGAACAGCUUCCUAAGACAAGGCCAGGUGUUGAAAUUGGAGGUUAAGACGGAUCCAUCAAUCAUGGGCGGAAUGAUUGUCCGUAUUGGCGAGAGAUAUGUUGAUAUGUCUGCAAAAUCCAAGAUUGAGAAGCUGAAGAGGGUUAUGCUGGAGACUGUGUAAAAGUGAUUUUCUAUCAGUGAAGAUUCUUGAACUUGGAGCAUCAAUAAAAUGCUUCCUGAACAGACCA